GCCUGGCUGGCUGAACCCUGGCCCCGAGACCCCUGUGACCCCUUUCACAUCAGGAUCGACCACAUGAACCUCCCCAACAUCAGGGCCAACAAGUGGCCCCAGAUGAGACCGCGCCGGGAAGGGCCUGGGGCCACGCACAGAUACUUCCGCCAGAAAGGGUCACGCCGCGCCGUGCACCUCCGCCAGGGGAAUAAAGUCCCGCAGGGUCGGGAUACCCGCUCUAGCCCCGACCGCGGCCCUGGACCAGGAACACGAAACAGAUCCCUCCGCCAGACACGAGUCCCCGCUCCCGUGCUCUCCUUCCCCGGCAGUCAGGCCCCGGUGCCGACUCCUCCGCCUCAGGGAAGCCCCGCCGCCGCUUGGAUUCUCCGCCUGAAGCGGGACUCGCGACGGCCGGUGCCUUACAAUCCCUCUGUGUCCCUCCGCCCUGGGGAGGACCCUCUGCGCCCCUCUACAGUUCUAAAGUCCCUCAGCGACGAGUCACCGCGCCGCGCGCUCUCGCGAGAGUCCACCACACGGCCCCCCCUCCCCCAGCCCCUCGCCCGCGAGGACGCCUCGCGCGGGCCCCGCGGCGCUCGGUGGCGGGCGGCGCAUGCGUGACUGCGACUCCCAGCGCCCCCCGCGCUCUCCGCGGGCCGAGUGGACGAGGCCGAACGCGAGGAGCCGGCCGCUGCCCCCUGAGAGGCCUGGCUUCAGCCCGCAGCUCUUCUCCCCUCCGGGCGGAACGGUUUUUGCGGCCUUUCCUCAGCGGGCACAGGUUUCCUGAGGACGGUCGGGGCCAUCGUGGACCCGAAAGAGCCCGGCGCCGCUCUCAGAAUCCGCCGGCCCGCAGCGGCCUGGACGUGCUGCCGUGACCCGAGCCCGGAACGUGGCGCCGGGCGGGGCCUGCACAUCCGGCCCCACCCACUCGGGGCCUCGCCUCUCGGAGCCCGACCCCGGAGUAGCGGACACACCCCCUCCCGGCCCGGCUGUCCGCCUCCGCCCAGCCUUUCCUCAACCUGCUUCAUUUUUCUCCCAGUCGUCCAGCCUCCCGGUUUCCGACUUUGCACUAAGAGGGAUGCACCCUGGAAAACCACACUGCGCGGUCACAUCUUGUUUGGGGAAGAGGCCGGGCUUUUGCAUCUUAGGGUAUACGUUCACCUUUUCAAGGGCCUGGCAUCGAUUUGAUUAAUCAGCCUGGAAUACCCUGUUCCUGCCGACCUGGCCGUUUUUACCUCCCUACCUUAUCACACUCCCAGGAACAUUAAGCAGGGAGCGCUUGGAGUCUUCUUUGGUUCCCCACCUUGAGCUAGACGUGAAGUUGACCCCUGGGCUGCAGCAUGGCUGUAGCCCUCGACUCUCAGAUCGACGCGCCCCUGGAGGUUGAGGGAUGCCUAAUAAUGAAGGUGGAAAAGGAUCCCGAGUGGGCAUCAGAGCCCAUUCUGGAAGGAUUGGAUAGCUCUGAGACCUUCCGCAAAUGCUUCAGGCAAUUCUGUUAUGAGGAUGUGACCGGACCCCAUGAAGCUUUCAGUAAACUCUGGGAACUUUGCUGCCGGUGGCUGAAGCCAGAAAUGCGUUCCAAGGAGCAAAUACUUGAGCUGCUGGUGAUUGAGCAGUUUCUCACCAUUUUACCCGAGAAGAUUCAGGCUUGGGCACAGAAGCAGUGUCCGCAAAGUGGAGAGGAAGCGGUGGCCCUGGUAGUGCAUUUGGAGAAAGAGACUGGAAGACUAAGACAGCAGGUCAGCAGUCCCGUGCACCUGGAGAAGCCUGCCCCACUUGGAGCAGCGUGGGAGAUGGCAGACUUCCAGCCAGAGCAGGUGGAGACCCAACCCAGGGUGGAGUCUCGGGAGGAAGCUGGAAGCCUCCACUCAGGACACCAGGAACAGCUGAACCGAAAGCGAGAACAUCGGCCCUUACCCAAGAAUGCUCGGCCUUCUCCCUGGGUUCCUGCCCUUGCUGAUGAAUGGAAUACCCUAGAUCAGGAAGUGACAACCACACGGCUUCCUGCUUGGUCCCAGGAACCAGUGAAAGAUGUCCACGUGGCCAGAGGCUUUUCCUACAAAAAGAGUGUGCAUCAGAUUCCUGCCCACAGGGACCUCUACCGGGAUUUCAGGAAGGAGAAUGUUGGGAACGUGGUCUCCCUGGGAAGUGCAGUGUCUACAUCUAACAAGAUAACCCGGUUGGAACAGAGAAAGGAGCCAUGGACUCUAGGUCUGCAUUCCUCUAACAAGAGAAGUAUCCUACGAAGCAACUACGUCAAGGAAAAGUCAGUUCGUGCUAUUCAGGUCCCUGCAAGGAGUGCAGGAAAAACAUGGAGAGAGCAGCAGCAGUGGGGUUUAGAAGACGAAAAGAUAGCAGGUGUGCAUUGGAGCUAUGAGGAAACAAAGACUUUCCUGGCAAUUCUCAAAGAGUCUCGCUUUUAUGAAACACUUCAAGCCUGUCCCCGAAAUAGCCAGGUGUAUGGUGCUGUGGCUGAAUGGUUGCGAGAAUGUGGCUUUCUUAGAACCCCAGAACAGUGUCGAACCAAGUUCAAAAGUCUCCAGAAAAGCUAUCGAAAGGUGAGAAAUGGCCACAUGCUAGAACCCUGCGCCUUCUUUGAGGACAUGGAUGCUUUGUUGAACCCUGCAGCCCAUGCUCCGUCCACUGAUAAACCAAAGGAGAUGAUACCUGUCCCCAGACUGAAGAGAAUUGCCGUCAGUGCUAAGGAACGCAUCAGCUUGGUGGAGGAGGAGGAAGCUGCAGAAGAUUCUGAUGGUGAUGAAAUAGGCGUCGAAUUUAUCCGCAAGUCUGAAAUCCAUGGUGCGCCUGUCUUGUUUCAGAACCUCAGUGGUGUGCACUGGGGCUAUGAAGAAACCAAGACUUUUCUUGAUAUCCUCCGUGAGACUCGGUUUUAUGAAGCGCUUCAAGCCUGUCAUCGGAAGAGCAAAUUGUAUGGGGCUGUAGCUGAACAACUUCGAGAGUGCGGCUUCCUCCGGACACCAGAACAGUGCCGAACCAAGUUCAAAAGCCUUCAGAAGAGUUACCGCAAGGUGAAAAAUGGCCACGUGCUAGAGUCCUGCGCGUUCUACAAGGAGAUGGAUGCCCUGAUUAACUCUCGGGCACCUGCUCCUUACCCCAGCACCCCAGAGGAAGUCCCAUCACCUUCAAGGCAAGAAAGAGGGGGUAUUGAGGUUGAACCCCAGGAACCUACAGGCUGGGAACCUGAAGAGACCUCACAGGAGGCAGUAAUAGAAGACUCUUGCAGUGAGAGAAUGAGCGAGGAGGAAAUUGUGCAAGAGCCAGAAUUCCAGGGACCUCCAGGUCUACUGCAGAGCCCAAAUGAUUUUGAAAUUGGAAGUAGCAUCAAGGAGGAUCCAACACAGAUAGUAUAUAAGGACAUGGAACAGCAUAGGGCAUUAAUAGAAAAGUCUAAAAGAGUUGUUUCCCAGAGUACCGACCCCAGCAAAUAUCGCAAAAGGGAAUGCAUCUCAGGAAGACAAUGGGAAAAUCUUCAAGGAAUUAGACAGGGAAAGCCGAUGUCUCAGCCUAGAGAUUUAGGGAAAGCCGUUGUGCAUCAGAGGCCUUUUGUGGGGAAGAGACCCUACAGACUUCUCAAAUAUGGAGAAAGCUUUGGAAGGAGCACUCGUCUGAUGUGCCGGAUGACCCACCACAAGGAGAAUCCUUAUAAGUGUGGUGUCUGUGGAAAGUGCUUUGGUAGAAGCAGGAGCCUGAUCAGACACCAAAGAAUCCACACAGGCGAAAAACCUUUUAAAUGUCUUGACUGUGGAAAAAGCUUUAAUGACUCCUCAAAUUUUGGUGCCCACCAGAGAAUCCACACAGGAGAGAAACCCUACAGAUGCGGAGAGUGUGGAAAAUGCUUUAGUCAGAGCUCUAGUCUUAUUAUACAUCAGAGAACACACACCGGUGAGAAGCCCUAUCAGUGUGGAGAGUGUGGGAAAAGUUUCACCAACAGUUCUCAUUUCAGCGCCCACCGGAGAGUUCACACUGGGGAGAAUCCCUACAAAUGUGUGGACUGUGAAAAAAGUUUCAAUAACUGUACGAGAUUUCGAGAACAUCGGAGAAUACACACUGGAGAGAAGCCCUAUGGAUGUGCCCAGUGUGGCAAACGUUUCAGUAAGAGUUCUGUUCUUACCAAACAUCGGGAAGUUCAUGUGAGAGAAAAGCCUCUGCCACACCCUCCAUCUCUGUAUUGCCCUGAGAACCCACAUAAGGGAAAGACUGAUGAAUUUAGGAAAACUUUUUGAUGAUGAUCUUCUCUUCCUAAAUGCCCCCCUUAGCCAUUUUACCCUAAUCUCAUUCUUGGAAGUGAUCUUUUCUUAGCUAUGAAGUGUAAUUCCCAAGAUAAACUUGAGAAUAUAAAUAAACUAGACACUUUCAUCCUGUUCUCACCUCUGCCUCUAACUUCAUCAGUCUGUUCCUCUUCUUCUGUGUGUCUCAGCUUCUCCUUUAAGAAUGUGGAGGAGAUACAUUGUCCGAGUUCAGAAUGAAAUGCCCUUCAGUACGUUGAGGCCACUGCAACGGAUUGCUAAGUUCGGCGACAUUCAAGAUCUUCCAUGUGGGUGAGAGUUGUUUUCAAGGAUAUCAAAAAUGCCAAAAGUUUUUUUGUUGUUGUUACCUAGUCCAUGAGAUCCUGGAUGCAACUUGAUAACAGAUUUUCAUAUUUAGAUAGAACUUUGAGGAGUCUGAUCAGAACUACAUCAAAUCCAUCUUGGUUUUGAAGAGAUCCACAAAAGAAGAGUAAACAUUUUAAUAGCUUUUCUCAGAAGUCUGUUACAGUGUACCUUUUUUUUUUUUUUGUCAAGAAGUUGAUCCAAAUAGCUAGGGCAGAAUCCCUGUAUUGUCACUGAAAUCCUGUUACUAAUGCCUUGCCCUCCAUGGAGGUGAGAAGCAAUUGAUCACCCGUCAUCCUUUUCUGUACCUGAAGACUUAAAUCCCCUGGCUGCUGCUUCUCCGGCCUAUAAGUAAUCCCGGGUCCUUAUACUGUUUCUCAUAGCCCUGCACUUACCUCUCAGUUGCUCUGGGUGCUCCUGCCGGCCUCUUCGGAACUACCAUGCCCUCCUCAGAUGGAAAAGGAGGCCUCGUGGUGUGUCUCACUAAAGCAAAGCAGGAUUUCAGAUGCGUUCUAGUUCUAUCCUCUAACUUCUCUGCCUCUUAUCUAGAACAUGACUGGCAUGUUGACAUAUUUCGUACCUCCCACCCCCACACUGCAGUAUAAUAUUAUAAUAGUGUUUCUAAAACUUUAAGGGGAUGGGGAAGAGGUAAUAGACACCUGAAACAUUUCUAAGACCAGAUGGACUCCUUUGGCCUGCUGUAGAUCAGAUAGCCACCUCAGCUUAGACCAGCGCGCUCAGGUCUGGCUGUUAAAUCUCCCAGUCUCUAUUCCUGAGGCUUCUAAUCCCUGUUUACCGCCUCAGAAACCUAACUGUAGUGCCCCAAGUAACUUAACACAACUCUAGAGCUCACUGGGUGAAAAGUGGGAACAUUUAUAAAAACUUCAAUCCAGAAAUCCAGAACACAGUUUCUGUUUUCCUCAUUUACCUGUUUUGUCUGAAAAAUCUCUUUGAGAACCCCCGGCAGUAACCCAAUAAACAUUGAAGGAAAAGUUCUGAUGGGGGAUGGUUAAUUCACUUUUGAAGUUACAGAUGAAACCCAGAAAUUUUAUUUUCCAUGGCCAGUUGCUUCAGGAUGGAGCCAGUGGUGUUUAUUCCCUUAGUAUGUAGGUGACCCAGGGUGGCUUUGCUUUGGCAAGGGAGAAGUCACAAGUUUAAUGGGAAGGGAACCGGAGUUAGGGCCGUUUGUAGGUGAUUAUUUUGCCCUUAUCUCUCCCUUUCUUUGUCAAAAGCUUUUAUUUGAAGCCAUCUGGAAAUGAUAUUUUUCCUUUGGGUAUGUUUCAAUCUUUUGAAACUUGUUCAGCAAAGUACCUAGGAGGGUAGGUGCUGUAGAAAGAAAUCUAAUUUAUGGUGCCAGAAUAGGGUGUGGCCUGUUGGAAGGCAGGUGACUCAGGUAAACAUUGAUAAAUGUUUCUGAUUUACGUUUGUUGGGAAUGUUAAGACUGUUCACAUCUCAAUAGGUUGAUUUUUCUGUGUUGUCCAAGUUAUAGAUUUCUAAUGCUAAGUACAGUUCCAUGUUGGUAGUGUGUGUAGCAUAGUAAGAUGUUUGUGGUGCCAGUGGGCUUGUGUUUAUAUUGUGUAGAUGUUCUGGAAUUCCAGCUCUAGAGAAGAUGCACAUUGAUAGAAAUCACCACUUAGUAAUAUGUACACAGGAUUGAUAUUAUAUGGAAGCAUGAUUCAGGAAAGUAGAUGACUUAUUCAUAAAUAUGAAGCACUGUUAUAUGUAAGGCCAUGUUCUAGCCACAGUGAAGGAUACAGGAAGGAAGGGGCAUGGUGCCUGGACUCAAGGAACUGACAGUUUGAUAGAGGAAGCAUCACAGCAAAAGGUGGGGCCACUUACACCAUGGCAGUUACAGAAGGCCAGGAGCUCAGUCAUGAGAACCUCACCUUCACCUGCAGAAGAGUUUCGCUAAGUUGCCCAGAAUCAUAUUCUGUACCUUCAUCUCUCAGCCUUCCCCAGUGGCAGGAAAGGGUCAAGACCCAUUCCAUCUCUAGUGGGACAAACUGAUUCUGUUUAACUCUCAUAUGCCUGGGAGCAAGCUGAGGUGGAAUUUUGGUUCCCCUACCUCCACUCCUAAUUGUAAAUGGGCUGUCUAGACAUGUGUUACAUUAAUUUGAUGAACUUUGUUCUGAAGAAAUGGAAGGUCUCCCCCCCAUUUUAGACCAACACUACUUGUCUCCCUGUAUUUUAUUUGUUUUCACCUGGUACAUGUAAGUCAAAAUGAAUAAUCAUGUUCUGACCAAUGUGUCUUUUAGAUCACGUAACAUUGCCUUUAUGAAGAUUCAUAGAAAUAGGUUUUUUUAUGUAGAUCUCAGUACCAAGGAAAGCUCUAAUCCUAAGCGCAGUAUAUAUACACACACACACGUCUACAUGUGUGUGUAGAUCUGUAUAUAUGUAUUACAAACACUGUGAUUUUUGUAACUUAAGCUGCUUUUUCUGUCUUUGUUCUGGCUGCUGGAAAGUUCAACAAAACUUACAGCCCACCUCAACCAACUACCCCAAGCUAUAUUUAUUUAAUUUCGUCUUAUUUCCUUGUAAAUUGUGUCAAAUCCUGUUUUUGAAAAGCAACAUAGACUGACAAUUUUUCACUAUCAUCUUAUCGAAGGCAUUUUGGAAACUGGGCUCGUAUGUCCCACCUAGGCUUGCUUUGUUACUGCCACAAAUACCUCCAGUUCUUACCAGUGAUGUUAUUGUGCAUUCAACGUAAUUCAUUCAUCUGGAAAGAAACAGUUUUUUAAAGAGGGAAACCUCACACAUAAAUGGCUCAGGGCAGCCUGGCCUUGGUGGAAUGAGCAUGAGACCAGAAGCUGAAAGAAGCAAGUUUUAAUCUUGUCACUACUUAAUGAGUGUUGUUUGACACAUCAUAGCCUCUCUGGACCUCGGCUCCUCAUCUGAAGAGAAGUUGAACUUGAUUGCUAAGUUGCUCUGGCUCUAAUGUUUCAUGAGGCUGUGGAGCAUGAUAUAGAUGCGGAAGAGGUUAGAAGACCAGGCUGCCGGCCCAGCUCUCCUGUGCCUGCCUCAUCUGGCCAUACCAAAUCCAUCGCAUGCUUCAGGAAAGGGAAGGGAUGCUGUGACAGCAAAGUCAGCCCAGGAGCUUGUUCGGGAAGGAGAAAGGGCAAGUCCCUCGUGGUCCACAGCAGGCAGCCCCCCAAGCACCUCGAUAACCAGUGGCAGGUAGGCUGAAGUGAAGGAAGCCUCUGUCAGGAGGUCUGGCGCCCGGUGACAGACAAGACUCAGCUGUGAGGGAGCUGGGGCAGCCCUGGCUAAAGGAGUGUCUGAGUAACUUGUGAAACUGGAAGCCUCUGCCUCUGAAUGCAUUCCAAGACCCGGUGCAAAUGGAUGUCCAUUCAUUGUUUUGUAUCAGUGUUCACUUAGAUGUCUUCUUGAAAACUUGUUUGUGAACUAAAUGUCUAAAAUAAAUGGCUCCCACUGGUUUCUGCCAUAA